AUGAAGAUCCACCAGCUAGUCUUCUUCUCCCUCGUUGCGCUUGCUACUUCUGCGCCUGUUCCUGAAGAGGAUAAGCGCAGUAGCAUUCUAGAUGGCUACGUGUCAGCCGGUGAUAUGGACAUUCCCCACGCCUCCAAACCCGAGCCCACCAAAGAGCAAGACAGGAUGUACAACGGAAUCUGGAUACCUCAUACCAUAGAUUGGAGAUUCCCGCCUCGUGCAACCCGGUCUGAAACUGAAACAGACUUGUCAUCUGGUGGCGCCGAGGAAACCAAAAACGAUAAUGAGGACCACUGA